GACUAGGUCCCACUACAAGCUUCUUUUUCAAUUAGUAUAGGAGAGCACUCCAAUGCCAUAACCCACUUGCUUUGCAUGCUUUUUGUGGUUUAAUCAUACAGCACCAAUUUUGAAGCUGUUGAGGUGAAGACUGAAAGACUUCAUUUCAAUUUUCCCCCUCUCUCUCUCUGUCUCUCUCUCUCUCAUUUGCUAUUCAAAGGACUAUAUCAUGCCAUGCUUUUGAUGCAUUACUAUGUUGACUAAUUCCAACGAACCACUCCUUCUCUCUCUUUUCAAUGUUGUACUCUAUAGCACUCUUGUUGCUUCGGAACUGCAGCUUUUUCAGUUGUGAAUGCUUUUCUCUGGUUCAUAUCAUUCAACUAACAUCAAUGAUGUGUUCACGGAUGAAGAGCACUUUUGUCAGCCAUAAAUUUGUUUUUCUGAAAAAGCAAUCCAAGAGAAAAAAGACAAAAAGGAAGUGGUAAAACCUUCUUGUGAAGGGUGAGAGGAGAGUGACUAGUAGAGAGAACUUUUAUCAAUUGGAGAAGAGAAGAGCCACAUAAUUAGCUAAAUGCCACCAAAGAAUCAAACAUGGGAUGUCAAUGGUUCUGUGUUGAGCAAAGGCAGCUGAAAUUAACUAUGCACUUUCUGAGUAUUGGCGGUGAUCAUUAAAUUGGGAUCUGUGAGAGUUAUUACCUCUAAGAAAAUAGUGCCUUGUAAGAUUCUGAUGCCAUAUUAUUUGGAAGAAAAACACAUGAAGCCCUUUUUUUUGUGUCUUGUUGAAAGCAAUUGGUGCUGUGCUACAAACACGGUGCUUUUUGCUUUGCCUCCACUUGUCUGUGAAAGCACAGACCAAAUUCUAUGCCAGAUUUUAACAAAUGAACGGUGGAAAAGGCCUCACAGAAAUAGCACUAUUGUCCUCAACUUUCAGAAGCAUUGUAUAUAAGUUCUUCUUUAAUUCCCUUAUAUUAUAUGAAGCUUGCCUAAAGACUUGCUUUUGUGGAACUAAUAAUGCUGUGCUCUUUCAGCUAUUAUAUGAACAAAAUUGGGAAGAAAAAGAGAAAUAAUGGAAGAAAGAAAAAGUUGUCGUCCGUCUUUCUUGGUUCCUAUGUACUUAAUAAAGGGUAGGAUAAUUGAGAACACCAAACUUUGGAUAAUGACCAAUCUGACCAAUUAUAAUUUUCAAUAGAAAAAAGAAGGUUUAUGUUAGUUUAUAUAUAUGUAAGUUCUUUGGAUACACAAUGACAGCGACUGAGCAAGGUAGCCUCACAAAAAUUAUACAUGGAUGACAUUUGUAUUAUCUUAGGAAGCUGUUGGUCAGUGGUCAUGUGAUUGGAGCAUCACUUUCUCUCGGAUUUCCAUGCUAGUAUUUUCUUAACAUAAUCAUGCAUCCUUGUAUAUGUGGAAUCAAUAGUUUUUUUUUUCUGAAAAGGUUGCUGUGUGUAUUGGUCCAUAUUUGCUUUGGAUUUAUAUACCCUUACGAUCCAACAGGAAGGCACUUUUAAAGCUAUAGUAUCUUUUUUUUGGUCUCACAUAACAGUUAAUUUUCGACUUCACAACUCAGGCACCAUCUAUCAACGUAAAACAUGUAUGUUUUGCUGUAUAAAGGCAACUUUUUCGAUGCUGCUGCUUUUUUCUUCAUAUAUAAUUUUUUGGGUGGGUUGGAUGAGUUUUCAUCAGUACACAAAAUAUUGAAAAGUCUCUCAGCAUAUUAUUUGUGUGCUUCUGUCUAUAUAAUUGGUUCUCUGUCAUUUUUUUCAUUUUACCAAUGUUUAUUGCACUCCCCCAUUCUCAAAUUAGUGUCACUUUAGAGUACUGUACAAGGAUAGGAAACGAACAACUGUUCUGAAAAACUAUGAAAAAAAACCAGAACAGGAAAGUAUUGUCAUUUUCUUGAAAGCACAUGCUGUUAAUUUAUGCUCUUGGAGGGAGAAGGGAGUUUUGGUGAGGAAAAAAGGAAAUAAAUUUUUUCUUGGCAGUGAAAAACAACAGAUCAUUUAGAACAAAUUUUUGCUGAAGUGACAUUUAUUUGAGAAUGGGAGCAAUAUGUAAUGUUGAGAGGAGUGUAAAAAGGAAAUAAUGUUAUAUCUUUACUUACUUGGUUGCUUAUGUUUUUAUUAUUGACUACCAAUGUUUAUCAUUCAAUUAACAAACUACUCGUGCUUUUUUCCAUCAGUAGAUAUCAGUCAUUAUCUUAUAUGAUAAAUAAUUGGACCAAGUACUAGUAAUUGAAACCACUGAGUCGUAUUUGAUAUCACAUACCGCCAAAUUUCUUCUAGAAUACCAGAAAAGAAAAACUGUAGGAACAUUAGUAAGGUAAUGAAAUGGGAAUGCAUCAGUUGGGAGAUUCAAUGUAGCUUGAUUCGGAUAGGUCGCUAUACAAAGUUGCAUACCAGGGUCUGACACCAAAGUAAAAGUAGGUAUGCAUCAGUUAGGAGAUUCACCUUUCGGAUUUGUCCAACAAGAAACUCCUAAAGUUGGUUUUGGAUGUAAGGAUGAUUUUCUUCUACAAAAUCAAAUUGAGCAGUGCAGCCAAGUAUUAGUUCUAGAUAUUUAUCCACAUUAGUUUUCCAAGCUAUACAUGUAAAACGGCUGUGCAGUUUGCAGGAAAGUUACAAAUUUAUCCUGUUUUCUGCAUUAUAUGCUUUAGAGUAGUUAUUGAGUUUUUACUUUUCACCUUUUCCAAUAAGCAUUGGAGAUAUUUAGAGUAGGAAAAAGAUGCUGGUAUAUGCAAUAAUUUAAGUCAAGUUUAAAUCAUGCUGUUGCUUUAUCCAAUAUGAUUUCUCAGAAAAUAAUAUAUGCAGACAUAAAUAGAGAGUUUGGUACAAACCCCUUUAAGAUCAUUUGAAUAUUUGCCCAAAUGGUAUGUAUAACUUAUAAUAGAGGGUGGCUUUUUAAGAUAUCAACUGAUCGCCUUAGAGACAAAGCUCUUGAACAACCAUGUGCUAUAACUAUUAAGGUAGAAACAGGACAAAGAAACUUCACUUCUAAUCAAAAUCAAAUGGAUACUACUUUGUCGGCACAGGGGCUUAAGUAGCAGUCAUGUUAUUAUAAGGGAACAUUGAUAUGAGUAUUUUCCAAUAUCAGUUUCCUUGUGCUUCUCUUGUUGGAUGACAUAGGUUUUCCUUUCUCAAAACUUGAACAGCCCAAUUCAGAUGAGUUGCAUAGCGUAAUGAGUCAUCACGCAUUCAUCAGUACUCAAAUUUUAGAGUUCUUCAGUUUCUUAUCAGUCGUUACAUGUCUGGACCUGGCACAGUGAGCAUAAAGAUCUGAAACCUGGUUUAACUCAAUUAGAGUGUCGACAGCCACCUAAUUUUAAUCAUUUUGCUUCACUUGCUUAAUUUAGCGUGAAGUUGGAAGUAAUUUCCAAAGGCUCUAGAGUGGAGACAAACUUGCAUCAACGCAUGUCAUCUAGCAUAAAUGAGAACACCACAUCUAUAAAUUGAAGUUCUUGCAGAGUUAUACGCAAAUAAAUGAGGUUGUGAGGGCAUUGUUAUAUGAAAGUUGCGGCUUUCAAGUAGAGGUUUUUCUUGACCAUUGGGAAAUAGAUCACAAUAAGUAAAUAUGAAGUUCAUGAAACUUGGUACAAGGCCUGAUACUUUCUACACUGAACAAGCCACCAGGAGUCUGGUUUCAGAUGUACAAGCUGAUCUUGUGAUAAAAAUCAAUGAUACUACUUAUCUGCUACACAAGUCUUCGCUUCUUCCAAAAUGUGGCCUCCUACAAAGACUUUGCUCAGAUUCUAGUGAUUCUGAGAAUGUUCCUCUAGAUCUUCAUGAUAUGCCCGGAGGUGCAGAUGCUUUUGAACUCUGUGCUAAGUUCUGCUAUGGAGUUUCAAUCAAUAUCAGUGCUCAUAACUUUGUACCUGCACUCUGCGCCGCUAAGCUCCUACAAAUGAAUGAGUCCAUUGAGAAGGGAAACUUUGUAGGCAAACUUGAGGCUUUCUUCAGUUCAUGCAUUCUUGAAGGAUGGAAGGACUCUAUUGCAGCACUGCAGGCCACUGACAAGUUACCUGAGUGGUCCGAGAAUCUUGGCAUAACAAGAAAAUGCAUUGAUUCAAUUAUUGAGAAAAUUCUUACACCCCCACCCCAGGUCAAAUGGUCCUACACCUACACAAGGCCUGGUUAUACUAGAAAGCAGCAUCAUUCAGUCCCAAAGGAUUGGUGGACUGAGGAUGUGUCUGAUCUUAACAUAGAUCUUUUCAGAUGCAUAAUAAUGGCUAUUAGAUCAACAUAUGUGCUCCCACCACAGCUUAUUGGUGAAGCUUUGCAUGUCUAUGCUUGUAAGUGGCUACCUGGCAUCACAAAGCUUAAAAAUUCACUUGGUUCUGCAGCAAUAACAGAAGAAUCCAAAGCGAUUAACCGAAAAAUUCUGGAGACAAUUGUGAGCAUGAUUCCCGCAGAUAGAGGGUCAGUUUCAGCAGGCUUCUUGUUAAGGCUCCUCAGCAUUUCAGGCCCUCUUGGAGUCUCCCCAGUGACAAAAACAGAACUUGUGAAGAGAGCCAGUAUACAGUUUGAGGAGGCAACAGUGAGUGACCUGCUUUGUCCUUCAACAUCCUCUUUGGACCAAAAUUUUUAUGACACCGAGUUAGUUCAAGCAGUGCUGGAAAGUUUCUUGAAGUUUUGGAAAAGACUCUACCCUGGUGCUGUGGAUAACAGAAGCUUGUUAAAAUCAAUCAGAAAUGUUGGUAAGCUCAUUGAUUCCUAUCUUCAAGUGGUGGCAAGGGAUGAUAAUAUGCCAGUGUCAAAGUUUGUAUCUCUGGCUGAAACUGUGCCAGCUAUUGGCCGACUAGAGCAUGAUGAUCUUUACCAGGCUAUCAACAUCUAUCUGAAGGUGCAUCCUGACCUGAGCAAGGCAGACAAAAAGCGUUUGUGUGGGAUUCUGGAGUGCCAAAGGCUGACUCCAGAAGUGCGUGCACAUGCAGUUAAAAAUGAAUCUCUGCCAUUAAGAACUGUGGUGCAGCUCCUCUACUUUGAACAAGAAAAAGAUUCUAUGGAAACCACUAGUUCCAAGCUGCAAAAAUCACAUGAUCUACUUCUAGGAGCAAAAAUGAGACCAGUCACUAGAGAUAGUCAUGGCAAGAGGUCUUUAAUGAACAAAGAAGAAGUCACAAGAAGAACCUCUCAUGCUGAAGAUAGAGAAAAGGGUCAAUACAAAGCUAAACAAUCAGAUGCUAAGUUAGCAUUGGAUUUGGAAAGAAAGAUGGUUAUAAGAGAAGACACUGAAGAGAUAGGAUCAGAAAAGUUAAGGGUAGCUAAAGAAGAGAGAAUGUCAAGCAGCAAGUUGGACUUGGAUUCUAAGAACAGCAUUCAAAGGGCAAGAAGCAAAAAAUCAGAACAUGGCCGUCAAAAGGGAAGAUAGAGAGAAUAGUAAUUGCAAUCUUUGAAAUUGAAACAUUCAGAGCAAUCCUCAUUUCCCUAUAUAUGAACUUAGUAGUCUCCAUUCUUAUCAUUUCUUUUUUACAAGUGCAUAAAUGUAAGCAAGGUAUUGUCCUUUCUACUUUCUGUCACUGUUAAAGAGUUGUAUUUAUCAAAGAGGUCAUUGCAACAAAUGCAGUUGACUUCUCUCAGAUUGAUACUGUUUUCAUUACAUUUCAAUUACCUUAUAUGAAAAGGAAUAAAACCACUUAUCGUGUUUGUGGCAGGAAAACGAACAA